AUGUUAAAUCAGGAAUUAGUGGACUUUUUAAAAGGAUUGGGUGUAUGUUCCAUAUGCCAGCUGAGAUAUCUGAAGGCACGUGGCAAUGAAUAUAAAGAUUUAAAGGAAAGUUUCGAAAAGCUCAAUGUAAAAUAUGAGCCAGAGUUAGCGCCCAUGGAGGAGAGUGAGGAUAGCGAGACAAUAUGUAAAAAAGUAAAACAUGGAAGUUGUCCCUGUUGUUUGGGUCUAUUUUCACAAAACUUUCAGUCGCAGCUAAUACAAUCCAUAUUCCAAACAGACAUACACAAAUUCGAAUGUAAUGACAUUGUGGUGGCCAUAUCAAUGCCCAUGAUUGUACAAACACGACAGCUGGCAAUGUGGUAUGCCUUGUUGGAUAAAUUCGGAAAUAAAAUUGACAAAGAACGUGCACCUGACGUUCCGCUAAAAGAAGCCAUUAAAUUGAUUAUAAAUCCAAUUAUUUGCAAAGAGCUUAACAAAGGAUAUGAUGCCAAUGGUAUUAUGAUAAAUAUACAUGUGUCGCACAGUUCGGAGGAGGAUAAUUUAACGAAAUUGAAACAGUUACAUGAUCGAGCAUUUCCCACAGCACCCAACAGUAAACGUCAAGUAGUCUCAAGGGGUGUUUUGGAUAAACAAUAUAUGCCAAAACGUAUAAAAGAUACUCUCUUCAAGGAGUAUUUCACAGUACCACCACAAGCUGAUGAUAUACUUAAAUUGGAUGCCAUAGAGAUGACGGGGCCAACGGUGUUUGUGGCUGGGCGGUAUCGUAAAAUUUCCCGGGAAUUAUCACACACACCUUGGGUGUUAAAUGGCAAAAGAGUUAUGGAGGAUAGUAUCGAGGAGAUAAUUAUACGAACAGUGGCUCCGUAUUUUUGCAAAGACACUUCGCGAGUGAUUUUUAUGUCCAGUGGCCGUGAGGAUGUUGAUGUGCGCUGCCUGGGCAAGGGACGCCCCUUUGUUUUGGAAAUACCCAAUUCCGUGCAUACCACCCUACCCGUUAAGGAAGCUCAUCGCAUGGAAUGUGAAAUUGAUAAAUCGUGUAAAUUAUCUGUACGAAAUCUGCAAAUGGUUCAACGUGAGGAGUUGGUACACAUCAAAUCGGGCGAGGAACAAAAGAAAAAAUAUUACAGAGCACUGUGUAAACUACGUGACCCCGCUACAGCAGAGAUAUUGAAGAAAUUAGAUCUGCCUGAAGGUUUUCAAAUACAACAAAAAACUCCAAUACGAGUUUUGCAUCGUCGUCCUUUACACACCCGGCCACGAAUGAUUUACUCAAUGAAAGCUUGGGUCCACAAAGAUAAUUUAAAGGUCUUAGUAAUAGAUGUGGUUAGUCAAGCUGGUACCUAUAUUAAGGAAUUGGUACAUGGUGAAUUUGGACGUACCACACCAUCAGUUUCUUCACUUGUUGGGCAACCCGUCGAUAUUUUAGCAUUGGAUGUUAUGGCCAUCGAUUUAGAUUGGCCCAAGGAAGUGGACAAUAGUCUGUUAGAAUAA